AUGGCCAACGUGCUCAACAACCUCUUUGGAGGCGGCAAGCCGUCGGUGAGCCCUGAUCCCCUGGUGGCCGGUGAUGACUUCGCCGACUUCUCUCAGGCUGCCGAACCCUCUCCGGUCACUGUCCAGCCCCUGGCGACCACCCCGAGCGCUGUUCCCCUCCAACCGGCGCGCCCGUAUACCAAAUGGUACCGGCUUCAUGAGCGAUAUACCUGGUCUGACUUCAAGUCGGAGGGCAUUAUUCUUUGUAUCAUCUCCGUCUUCAUCAUCCUCCACGUCAUCGGUGCCAGCCUGAACCGGCGCAAGGCCAAGAAGUGGAUCCGCGCCCACGCUGCCCCUCUGGCCGCCGAGUUCGCAGUUGUUGGCUACUCUGGCAUUCCCAAGAACGUCUCGGACAAGAAAGGCGAGGAGCUCGUCAAGGCUCUGCAGGAUUCCAACAUUGCGCAGGGCGACAACCUGAUCAAAGAGAGGAGCUUGUUUGAGUUCGCCACUUAUGCCACCGGCCGUGCCAACGUUGCCUUCCUCGAGGUCAAGAUCGCCCUGACCAAGCGCUUCAACCCCCUGACUGCCUUCUUCGAGUCCGUUCUGGGCUUCUUCUUCGAGAGCGGCCCUGAGGUCGGCGAUAGGGUCGAGGCUACUCUGUAUCCCUUUGACGGCAAGGAAGCCGAUGUGGUCCCUGACUUCCCUGGUGCGGCCGAGCUGCGCUCGAAGGAUCCCAAGAGCACCUACGACAACUUUGUUUGGGCCAUUGUCCACAAGGAGUGCAUGAAGAAGGCACGCAAUGACCGCUACGACCUCUCUUUGACCUACACCAAGGACCACGCCAAGCUGCCCAACUGGCUGGCUGUCAUGAGCGAGAGCGCUGAGAUUACUGAUGCCCUUCUGACUCCCGAGCUGAUCAAAGCUGCCGAGGCCGCUGGUGAUCUCUUUGAGUACCUGGUUGUCACGGACCAGCCGGAGGACAAGCCCAAGACCCUUAACGAGACCCGUCCCCGUAAGCGCGUCAUCCUCAAGUAUCGCGUCCCAUCCAACGACGACUACACCUCUCUGCUUCCUAUCUUCGAGUACUUCCUGCGGAUGCCCGACCACCUGGUUCAGGUGGCUCACUUCCGCCCUGAGGUGCUGCGCAAGGUGAAGGUUGUGCGCGACGAGGAGAUUCGCAAGAUCCAGAAGGCCGAGGAGGAGUCCAAGGCCGAGGAGCGUGCCCAAGAGCGCGAGAAGGCCAAGAAGGCCAAGCGCGACCAGGAGCUGAGCCAGCUUGACGCCAAGGCGCAGAAGAAGUACCUGGAGCGCGAGCGCGAGAAGGAGCUCAAGAGGAGUAUGAAGAAGGCUACGAUCCGUGCUUAA